AGUGAAGGUGAUAAUUUUUAUCAGAAAGAUACUAAUUUUAUUGAUAGCUGUUAUCGACUAAAGUUUCUGUCUCGAUGCCCUACAUUUUAGUGCGCGGUAAUCUAGCUGCCUACGGACAAAGAUACCCUUGGCGAGUGCUAGUAUCAGGCCUCAAAGCGGGAGAUAUAGAACAGUUAAACAGAUUCGCUUCUGGAGGCUACUGCGACGAUUGCACCAUAGUGUAUAUGCAACACCCUUGCGUUAUUCUAACCGCUUUGGAAGUAUUGGGGUACAAAGUAGUAGCUUCGUCGUCGACCAGCGUGAAACAAGACUACAACGAGUACAUGUGGACUAUGCGAAAGGAGUUCUCAGAGCCAGAGCCCGUUAUAUCUCCUACAACAGAAACAAUCGACCACAAGGUUACUCUUUCCGAAGAAGGGGUUUAAAAUAUGGAAAUCCCGGCUAGUUUGCUUGUGUCAAGCGGUACGUACGCCUAUGUGGCAGUAAAAGCCUCUCUCCACUCUGCCGACAGUGCCGUUUUUGGUCUCAGUGAUGUGGAAAUCAAGGCGUUAGUGAAGAGAUUUCCCAACUCUAAGAAAGAAGUUAUAAAUGGAGUUUUGCUGAAAGCCCCUCCUAUUGAGGUCGUCAAUGCUCUCAGUCAGCUAGGUUAUCGUGUUGUGGCCACUACUGGAGAAGCAGAGGUUGUUUGGACCAUGCAGCGAGAUAUCUAAGAGUGAAUCUGAAAAUUCGGUGAUGUUCAUGAAGAUAAAAUUAUUUAGUCAGUAGUGCUACUGGAUGAUUCAUUUUAUUAUCAUGCUGAGAAAAAAUCUAAAUUUUAUAUUUUC